AUGGAGGUCCGUGAUGUCGAGGGCGCACGUGUGCUGCGGGGCCCUGACUGGGAUCAAGGAGACAGCGACGGAGGAGAGGGCUACCUGGGCACUGUCACUCAGUCGCUAGGCAACGGCAGAGUGCGUGUAGUGUGGGACAAAGGAGCUGAAACCAUAUGCCGCGCUGGUGGAGAUGAAAAGCACGAUUUGAGACUGUACGACACUGCUCCCCUGGGUGUCCGACACAAAGGCACAAAGUGUUCAGAAUGUGGACAGGGUGACAUCUGGAGCAUGUUGUGGCGAUGCCAGCAAUGUGCCGGAUCUGACCUUUGCACCUUCUGCUAUUCCGAGGACAAGCACGAGAUAAGUCACAGCUUUCUUCGCGUAGACAGGACUGGUGAUGUCGGACAGGCUCUUCCAGUCCGCAAGGUCAGUGUCAAAGUUCGAGCGAUCGGUAUCUUUUCCGGUGCAAAGGUCAUUCGAGGAAGAGACUGGAUGUGGGAUGACCAAGAUGGCGGCCAGAGUUCAGAGGGUGUGGUGGAAGGUUUCGAACCUGAAGCGGUGGACUCGUGGAGGAACCUUAUUCGUGUACGUUGGCCCAAUGGCGUCGUCAACAGCUACCGCCUAGGUUUCAAAGGCAAAGUAGACCUCUUGUGUGUGGAGGAGGAAAUCGGACCUUUUUACUACAGGGAUCAUCUCCCUUUACUGGACCUCACGCACAAGGAAGCCACUAGAACAGCAGGACCCAGCCACGGACCACGGCCUACUUUAGUUCUUCGUCCUCCUGGAACUAGUAGCUUGGCUGUAGAGAAUACUGGAACUGUCAUGGCGAAGGGUGACUCUACUGGCAACAGUCCAUCUACAGCUAGACCCGGAGCUGACCGACUGGUGGUACGACCUGGAGAUCACGUGACCAUUGCGGUCGACGAGCAUCAGCUGAAGAUUCUUCAGAAGAACUUCGGUGGCUGUACGUUGAGAAUGAUGAAGAGCAUCGGUAGAGUAGGGGUGGUGACCAACACAAUGAGUGGAGGAACUGUUUGUGUGAGGUUCGGACCACAUAAAGCCUUGAGCUACCGGUUCAACCCUGCCGCACUGAUUAAGCUACAGACCUUCAGAGAGAACGACACUGUCCGCGUGAAGUCCAGCAAAGAACUCACUCGACUGUUUAAUAGAGAAAUUGGCUGGACAACAGAAAUGGAUGAGACGCUGGGAAAGGUGGGCCAAGUACGUAAAGUGGACCACGAAGGAAACUUGGUCGUUGAGGUCGAAGGUCAGGUGUUUCGCUAUUCUCCUGCUUGUUGUCUGCACGAGCCUGAGUCAGUAACAUCUCAUCGUGAAGACACUGUAAGACAGGAAAUGACGUCAAUGAAAAUACGAUCUAGAAUAACAGUGAGAAGUAUAGACUUGUGGGAAAUGGACAGUGAACUAUCGGCGGACAUCGGGGUAGAGAACAGAGCUCAUGCCAUGCAGACACUCUUCCUCGCCAUUGGAGAUGAUGACGACACCAAAGUGAAGGAGUUAUGUCAGCUGGAUCCUUACCUGACAUACCCGCAAGUCCCCAAGGCAGUGUCGCCUGACCUGACCGCAACUUCGACUUGUAUUUAUACUUGUUCUUACAGAAGAGACAACCGCAAGAAUGAACCUAAUAGUCAGCACGGAAACCAGCACACCUUAAUUGUGAUCUGA